UUGUUUGUAUCUCGUAAUGAAAUCAACGGUUAAUAAUUGUACUCUUCGCCCCCGCAAAGUGGAAUUGGAAUACCGUUUUCACUGGCAAUGCGAGGCAGCCGGUGACUUGUUUGCUAACGGCAGUUAGCUAGCGAUAGCUUGCUAAGUGUAAUAAGCUGCACUUGUUUCUGCAAGCUACUGUUAUGAGGAGACAUGGACUAUAAGGAGACGGAACUAGCCAGGUCUACCUGCUUCACUGAUAUCUUUCGCGUACUUAACCAUCAGAGAUCGACUACCCACCAUUCUAACGAGAGUCAUCGACACGAUCCAUCGCAACAAAAACGCGUUUUUUGAAGAAUAUGGAGAGGAGGGUGUUCAGGCGGAGAAGAGGGCGAUCUCCUUCCUGUCCAGGCUGCGUAACGAGCUCCAGACGGAUAAGAUACUGUGUGUGUGUGUGUGUGUGUGUGUGUGUGUGUGUAGGAGGGUGUUCAGGCGGAGAAGAGGGCGAUCUCCUUCCUGUCCAGGCUGCGUAACGAGCUCCAGACGGAUAAGAUACUGUGUGUGUGUGUGUGUGUGUGUGUGUGUGUGUGUAGGAGGGUGUUCAGGCGGAGAAGAGGGCGAUCUCCUUCCUGUCCAGGCUGCGUAACGAGCUCCAGACGGAUAAGCCGGUCGUGCCCCUGACGGACGGCCAGGACGACGCCGAGGCGUGGAACAGCUACCUGCAGCGCCAGCAACGCCACCAGGGGGAGCUCUUCCCCGUCAGCUGGUUCAAGUCUCCAUGGCUUUAUGUGGAGUGUUAUAUGUACCGCCGCAUACAGGAGGCCCUGUGGCAGAACCCCCCUGUGUGUGAGUUUGAUGUGUUCUGGGAGUCUAAGACACAGAGCUUCCUGGACUCGGCGCCGGCCAUCACCGCCCUGUGCAGCCACCAGGGGGAGCUGAGGGGACGCUUACCACAGAGCUCCGACUCCCAGCGGAUGGAGUAUCUGCUCAAACUACUGCAGGUGUCGCUGUGGGGCAACAAGUGUGACCUCUCCAUCUCGGCGGGGCAGGAGAACUCUCAGAAGGGCAGUGGACCCCUGGACUCUCUGGACAGCCUGAGACCCUUCCUGCUUCUGGACCACUCCAAGCAGGUGUGGUCCGUGCUGACGGCCGCCCGCGGCUCCUGCCAGGGUCAAAGGUCGCCGGUGCGGGUGGACGUGGUCCUGGACAACGCCGGCUUCGAGCUGGUCACCGACCUCAUCCUCGCCGACUUCCUCCUGGCCGCCGGCCUCGCCACCGAGGUCCGUUUCCACGGCAAGUCCUUCCCCUGGUUCGUCUCCGACGUCACCGCGCGCGACUUCCAUUGGACCAUCGCCCAGACCUCGGCCGCCAAUCACCAGUGGAUGUCCGCCUGCGGCGUCCAAUGGAAGCGCUACCUGAAGGAGGGGGCGUGGUCCUACCACGACCACGCCUUCUGGACCCUCCCCCACGAGUACUCUGACAUGGCGGGCUCCGCCCCCGAGCUCCACGCCUCUCUAAGCUCCUCCCACCUGCUCCUGUUUAAGGGCGACCUGAACUACCGUAAGCUGGUCGGGGAUCGUGAUUGGCCGCACGCCACGCCCUUCCACCUGGCGCUGCGGGGGUUCUGCCCCGCCCCCCUGGCGUCGCUCCGCACCCUCAAGGCCAACGUGCAGGUGGGGCUGGGGGCGGGGCGGGGGGAGGAGCUCACCGCAGACACGCCCACCUGGAUGACCAGCGGCAGCUACGGGGUCAUUCAGUUCUGCAGCCCUGAGAGGGAGCAGUGAGAGAGACACACACACACACACACACACACACACACACUCACACUCUCUCACACAC